GGAACGCGGAAGUAGAAAGAAACAAAAUGCUGCUUGUAGGCAGUCGGCCUUAGCACAAUGAAGGAAGGGGACAAGGCACAAAGCGGCUCUUGGCUGGGAAGGAUGAAGUCGUGGCUACCGCAGGUUGCGAUAACCCCGGGUGUGGCUGUGACUAUUCUGGCUUCUCUAGCCAUCUCAUGCCCGGGUCUGCUGCGGGUAGCUAGAGGGGAAGUGCCCGGUGCCAGGAUGGAUCUAGAAGCUGGUAUUCUGGGCGGUAUUGAUGUCCACAGGUUGAUCACGUAUAUCUGUUUCCAUGAGGAUCUCUCAUCUUUGGUCUGCAGCUGCCUGCUCAUCUGGUAUUUUGGUGGAGGCUUUGAGGAAAACAUGGGCACUGUCAAGUUCUUCUUCCUUACACCUCUAUUUGCGGUAUCUUCAGGGCUUGUCUACCUGGCAAUCUUGGCCACAGGUCUCCACCUGCCAAUGGAUGACAGAGUUCAAGGAUUCACUGCUGUGGCCUUUUCAAUGAUGUGUGUUUUUAUCGCACGCAGUAGCCUCAAGCGCCUUAUGUUUUUUGGAUUCAUGGUGCCUAUCAAGAUUAUGCCUUUACUGUUCCUGCUCCUGGCACUUUUUAUUCCUCAUGCUCCGGUCCUCAGCAAUGUGUGUGGCAUCCUGGUUGGUACAGUGUAUGGCAUGGGUAGCUGCUUUUUCCUGGACCUCCCGGAAUCUUUGAUGUCACGAUUAGAACAGAUGUUACCUUUUAAAUUGCUGAAGCGCCUCCCAUUUGUGAAAUAUAUCCCUGCCACUUUAGCUGAGAGAAAUGCUUCCCAAACACGAAAGAUAAACCCACCACCCGGAUCUUACCCCACACAACAGUAUUACACACCUUCCCCUGGCCUCUCUAAAAGUUACAACCCAUAUCAUAAUGCCAGACCCACUGGAACAUGGCCUGCAGCUGCGUCUGUUGGAUCUUAUCCUACUCAAGUUGUUACUGGCUCUCCUCCACAGAUAAACCAUUCUUGCACAGCAGGACACAGCCAUACAGAGGCUCACUCCUCCCCAGGUACAUCUGGAGUCUUGUUCCCUUCUCCAGGACUACAGGAAGUGCAGACUCAGGCGUAGCGUAAUCUACGUAUAGAAAUACCACUUUUUAUUGAUUUAUAUUGUCAGACUGGAUGUGCUGCAGUGAACACAAAAUGCAGAAUUUGUAUUGUCAUUUUGCUUUUUGACCGUCUUUAUUGUAAAUCAGUAGUGUAGCCCCAUUCUACAAUCUGUAUUCACAAAAUAUAUUUUCAUACAUCAUUGUCCAGGAAUUUUAUAUGUGAUAUCUACUCCCACUUUCUCAGUUGGAUUCCUUCUCUUCAUCCUUAUGUACUUCAUUUAAAUACUGGUUAUUUUUAUAAUCCCUUCUUUUUCCUUUUUGGACUAAAUUGUUUAUAUCAAUAAAUUAUCCUUCCUUAAAGGGACGUUUUAAAGCAAAAAAUUACAUGCUCUAACAUGUCAUUUCCGCAUCACAGACCAGAUGUGUUUAAACAAUUGUUUUUUGCAUCUAGAAUGCAACCUAAAUAUCUAUGUUUCAUCCACAAAUGAGUAUCUGUAACAUCUUUCUAAACAACUGCACAUAUUAAAAGCUUUCUGCAGGAGUAAUAUGUACAAGUAUUUCCAAGCACUGUUGCUUGUCUGCUUAUGAACUCUGUGGUAGCAUUAAAAAAAACCAAUAACAACUUCAGACUUUUGAUGCAAGAUGGCUUUUUUUUCAGACUGAAACCAAACAAUAAUACAAACCUGAGAGGUCAUUUGUAUAUGAAUCAUUUUGUUUGAUCAAUGUGUCUAUUAAAAAUAAUGCCUUACUA